ACUCUAGGAGUCUAACCAACGAUGAGGUGUUCUGUGGCGGAUCUUUUUCUACUCCUGCUGGUCUCCACAGGGCACAUUUCUGCAGUUUCAUUCUACGGUGAUGGCUACAUCCACCUGCGGACAGUGGAGACGUCUGUCCAGACGUUAAUCCAUGUUCGAUUUCGAACCUCCAGUCAGUCAGGCGUGCUGUUCUUGGCAGCGGGACCCAAAGACUUCCUGCUUCUGGAGCUCAUUUCUGGUCGUCUGCAGAUACGUCUGGACCUGGGCUCGGGUGAGCGCUCGCUGCGUUCAGAAAAAGGCGUCCAUCUUAAUGAUCUGGCAUGGCACACUUUGGAGCUGACCCACAAUCAUCACAACAUAACCAUGACCAUAGACCGAAACUCUCGCACCGCCCUCCGAAUGCCUGGACCGGACCUGGAGCUCAGUGUGGAGGAUGGACUUGUUGUUGGUGGAACAGGUGGAUUGGACCACCCCUACCUCCUCAACACCUCCUCUGGGUUUAGAGGUUGCAUGGAUGAAGUUGUCUUCAAUGAGCAUAACCUGUUAUCCAGUCUCAGGCCAUACUCCGGGUACAAGAGUGUUCAUGAGGUGUCUCUUGGUUGUAGUGCACAGUUCUCUGCAACAGAAGACGAUCCUGUCAGUUUCUUCAGCUCGAAAGCUUUCCUAGCCCUCCCAGUCUGGGAAGUGCUUCAGGAGGGGGCAUUUGAAUGCGAGUUGCACCCUUCUGCAAGAGAAGACGACGGCAUGGUCCUCUUCAGCUCUGGGAACCAAGGGCAAUUCGUCGCCAUUGAGAUCAGAAAUGGUCACCUGGUGGUGUCGGUAGGAAACGAGGAAGGGAGCAAAACCGAGCUGCACUCUCUGACACAUGUCCACAGCAAUCACACCUGGUACUCCAUCCAGCUGCAUUUGCUGCCCCAGAGCGUCCAACUCAAGGUGGACAGGGAGCUGGUGAAGGCCCGACUGAGUGAGGAACUUCAGGUCAUCCAGCUCAAGGGGCCUCUUCUCCUCGGAGGGCUCGACGAGGACGCUCGGUCAGAAGCGAGGCGAGCCGGACUGCCUGGUCCACUCGGAGGAGGGGGCUCCUUCAAAGGCUGCCUACGGCACAUCAAGGUGAACACUCAGAAAACAGGCCUUCCUCAUGCCACAGUCACCAAGGACGUCACAGUGGGCUGUAAGACGGGGCAAGCUCUGAACAAAGCGACCACCAUCAGCCCAACAGACCGUCCUGAGUCUGAAGUGACAACCAUAGUGAACAACAGGAAGAACUCCAACAUAUUGAUUCUCAGAAGGUUAGAGGUGGCAGAAGGAGGCCGGGCACCACUGGAACCCAAACACUUGAAGGUGAGUUUGGAUUUCCAUAAAUUGGGCGUCCAUCCAUCUCAGUUGAUGUUCCGCAUCGAGGAGCAGCCCGUCCACGGCCAGCUCCGCCUCGACCUCAGUCCAGACCUCAGUCCAGACCUCAGUGGGAGGCUGAAGGAAGGCCAGGGCAGGACCGUCACGAUAGGAAUAGAGGAGAGGGACCGAACCUUCAGCAUGCUGGACCUGUGGCAGGGCCGAGUCAUGUACGUCCACAGCGGUUCGGAAGACCAGAACGACUUUUUCAUAUUUUCAGUGUUUUCCACUGUGAAGAAGGAGCUACCUGUGUUUUUGAGGGGAAACCGUCUGUACCGGUUUGAUAUCAGCAUCACUCCUGUCAAUGAUGCCCCUGUGCUCAGUUUGCCUGAUGGAAACCUCUUUACUCUGCUGGAGAAGUCCAAACGACAGCUAACAACAGAUGUGCUGAGGGUGUCGGACCCUGACAGUAGUCCUGAGGAGCUGGUUUUCAGCUCCCUGGGAGACCUCAACACUGAAGCCGGAUAUCUGGAGCACCAGGAUUACCCCAACAGGGCCGUCAACCUGUUCUCCUUAACUGAUCUGCAAGAGAGGAAGAUCAGCUUUGUCCACACGGGGGUUUCAAACUCCAGACUGGCUCUCCGGGUCAGCGAUGGGCAGAAGAUGAGCAACACCGUAGUUUUAAGGAUUUUGACGGUGGCGCUUGAGCACAAACUGGUGAACCACACUGGACUGGAGGUGAACCAAGGCGAGGCCGCGGUCAUCUCCACCAAUCAGCUCGCGGUACAAGUGAACGUGGCUGUGGAAGUCUGGUACAAUGUGACGGAGUUUCCACGAUACGGCGAGCUCCAGAGGCUGCACUCGAGCGGGGACUGGAAACCGACCAUUGCCUUCUCCCAGAAACUUCUAGAAAAAGAACGGAUACGAUACCUCAGCACUUACCGGGGCCUCCAGACACAGACGAACGUCACUGAUUACUUCAGCUGCAAAAUCAGCAUUGAUUCCAUGGCCAGAGAGGAGGUGGUUUUCCCCAUAGUGGUACGAUGGAUUCAGUUUAAGGUCACUCGAAGCAAGAUGGAGGUCAACGGCGUUCACAGUGCUGUUUUAACUCCCGAGGACCUCCAUGUGAUUUCGAAGGGUGUUAAACUUAACGAGAGUGAAAUUUUCUUCAAACUUGUAACAGCGCCAAAGAAAGGGCAGCUGUUGUUCAACAACAGAAUCCUCCAAAAGAACUCGGCUUUCAGCCAGAAGAACGUGACAGAUGGCUUGGUGAAGUACGAGCUUCUGAACAAACCGCAGGACGACGCCAGAGACGUGUUCAGCUUUCGAGUGUUUUCACGGCACGCUAGCUCCUCGGCUCACGACUUCAGGGUCAACAUCAGGCCCGAGUCCAACGCCGUCACCGUCGUCAACGAAGGCCUGUCGAUCAUGGAGGGAGGGACCAAAGUGAUCACCAAAGAUAUUCUGUUUGUUCACACGGCGAAUAACCGUGAGGUCCACUACAACAUCACCGUCAGCCCCCGCCAUGGACGGAUCCGGAGAAUCAACCUCUCCAACUCAACUUCUAUCAAUGACAACAUCGUGUCCUUCACGAAUCAGGAUAUCACCGAGGAGAGGAUCAUGUAUGUUCACGACGACAGCGAGACCAGGCAGGAUUCCUUUGUGUAUCAAAUUAUUGUUUACAAACCUCACAAACACAAAAAGGAGGACAGAAACGCAGAAGAACACACCUUCAAUAUCUCAGUGCAGCUCGUCAAUGACGAGCGGCCCAUCAGGGUCGUCGAUAAAGUUUUUCACGUGGCCCGUGACGGCCAGAGGCUGGUGACACUGAACGACCUCCGUUAUCGGGACGAUGACUCGGACUUUGAGGACAGCUGGCUGGUGUACACACGCAGAGGGAUUCCCAUGGGAGAGCUGGUGUCGGCCAGUGAUCCAGCUCACAAGCUGUAUGAGUUCACACAGCGGGACCUGGAGCAGAAAAAAGUGUUAUUUGUCCACCGAGGAGUGAGUUUUGGACGAUUUGUACUUUUCGUAUCGGAUGGAAAACAUUAUGUUUCCACGCUGCUGGAGGUCAUGGCGCAGGAUCCUUACUUGCAAACGGAGAACAACACCGGUCUCAUGGUGCAGCGAGGCGGGGUCACGACCCUGACCUCCGCUAACCUCAGCGUCCUCAGCAACCUUGACAUCCGAGAGCCGCAGGAGGUGACGUUCGAGGUCUUCCUUCCUCCGAAACAUGGCGUGCUCUGCUUCAGCGAGGGACAGAGACGGGCCGUGACCGAGUCGGACGCCAUUUCAAUCUUCACCCAGCGAGACCUGGUGGCCGGGCGUCUCGUUUACCACCAUGAUGGCAGCCCGGACCUGUCGGACGGCUUCAACGUGACGGCGAGAGCGAGGGAGAGGAGCACAGAGAGGAGACAGGAAAGAGCAAGGAGGGAGGUCCACCUGGAUAUUGGCGUGCCGAUAAAGAUCUACCUGGAGAGUCAUCAGAGGCCGCCGACAGUCAUAAACAACCGUCCAGUGGUGGUGGCAGAGGGGCAAAACAUCUCAAUAAACAGAGAACAUUUAGAGGUGGUCCAUGAAGACAGCCAACCCUCAGAGAUCGUUUUCACCAUCCAAAGUCCUCCCACACUGGGCAUUAUUCACAGAUCAUCUAGCGGCCAGCACCGUAACAUUAUUGGAGAGCAGCAGCACAUCUAUAAGAGCGUCAAAAAGGAGACGGUAACUUCCUUCACUCAGGAGGAUCUCAACCAGGAGCGGAUCAUCUACCAUCAGCAGGCUGCAGGAACCUCCAAUGACUCCGUCCUGCUGGAAGCAACAAAUGGAGUGACUAAAGUGGGACCGAUUAGACUGGAGUUCGACAUAAUCCCAGUUCUGCUCCCCCUGGAGGUUUCUGACUUGACACUCGAUGAGGGCUCGUCGCUGCCUCUGACAGCAGACAUCAUCAGAGUUUCCAAUCAUCACUUCUCUGAGAUGAACUUCCUGUACCAGGUCAUUGUCCCACCACGGCAUGGACACUUGGAGCACAGCCGGAUCCCGGGAAUGCCCAUCACCGCUUUCACACACACAGAGGUGGAACGCGAAUACAUCUCUUAUAUCCACGACGGCAGCGACACUCUGAGAGACAACUUCACCAUUGUGGCCAAUCAGACUGAAAUCAGGAAGCACAGUCUGCCCUGCACGGUUCACAUCAGCGUCAUCCCGGUCAACGACGAGACUCCUGCUGUGACAAUUAACCGGGGCCUCAAGGUGUGGGUGGGUUCGGUAACAGAAAUAACGACAGAUGAUCUGAGUGCGGAGGACUCCGACACUUCACCCGUGGGUUUGGAGUUUGUGGUCACGCCGCCCAGCAAUGGCCACCUGGCUCUGAAGAGUGCUCCAUCCAGACACAUCCUCAACUUCACCCAGGAUCACAUUCAAAGCAGACAGCUGUUGUUUGUGCACAAUGGUGCGUUGACUGGCGGCUUUCACUUCCAAGUGAAUGAUGGGGUCAACUUUGCCCCUCGCCAGAUCUUCAGCACCACGGCCCACUCUCUGGUGCUCACCCUUCACAGAAACAACCCCUUGGAGGUCUACCCAGGCUCGGUGACGCCGAUCUCAGAGCAGGAGCUUCAGGUGGUGACCAACAACGUCAGCGACAUCAGAAGAAACCAGUCCAUCAUCUUCGCAGUGACGGUUCCCCCGAAACUGGGCCGCCUGCUCCGACGCAUGCCAGACAACUCUACGAGAAAUGUAUCCGCAUUCACACAGAAAAUGGUGGAUGAAGGACUCAUCCUGUAUGAUCAGAAUAAAGCGGAGUCUGUGGGGUGGUCGGCCGCAGACUUCUUUUCUUUCACCGUCUCUUCCCCGCCAGCCUUUCUGCCCCCCCACACUUUCACCGUCUUGAUCUCCUACCAGGCCAACGAACAUCACGGCAGCCCCCAUCACAAAACCCGACUGCUGAACAACGCAGGAGCCGUGGUGGCUGAAGGGGGCAGAGUGAUGAUUGACAGGUCAAAGCUUGACGCCUCCAAUCUGUUGGGGAAGGUUCCCGAGGCCCACCGGAAGGACCACCACAUCAUGUAUCGUGUGAUUUCUCUCCCCCGCCACGGGGUUCUUUCAGUACAAGGAUAUAAUCUCUCCAGAAGCCAACCAGAUUUCUCCCAGGUUGCCCUGAACAAGUUUGGCAUAGCUUACACCCACGACGACUCUGAGACAACCAGCGACAGCUUUACUUUCCAAGCUUGGGUGGCACCGACGGAUCUCUCGUCUUCCUCCUCUUCAUCGUCAAUGUCUGCGUUUUCCUCGGAUUCCUCCUCUUUCUCACCUCUCUAUUCGGCCUCGUCAUCUUCCCUCUCGUCGUUAGACGCCGUUCCUCACCGCCACGCCAAAGACAGCAUGUCAGUGACUGAGAUGUUCAACAUCACAGUGACGCCGGUCAACGACCAGCCGCCGCUGAUCAGAAGCCGAGCCCCGACCAUGAAGGUGGUGGUCGGGGAGAGAGUCGUACUUGGACCUGACCAUCUUCAGGUUGAGGAUCACGACACUCCUCCGGAGGAGCUGCACUACCUUGUGAUCAGUAAACCCAACAAUGGCUACCUGACGCUGGGCGAAAGACCCGAACCGGUGACCUCCUUCACCCAGUAUGACGUCAACCAUGGCCGACUGCAUUUCAUACAGCAGGGUGAAGCCUCGACAGGAGUUUUCUACUUCAAUGUGACUGAUGGUCAUCACCGUCCACUCUACAAACUGUUCAGUUUGGAGGUCAUUAAGCCAUCUGUAUUCAUGGCAAACAACACCGGCCUGUCCCUCGUUCAAGGCCGGACUGCGGUGGUCCUGACAACCAACCAGCUGGCAGCUCAAACCAACGGUCGGAGCAGGGCCGACAUCUGCUACACCGUCACCGAGCACCCUUACCAUGGUCGCAUUGCUAUCAACGACCAGGAAGUCACCACCUUCUGCCACGAGGACCUCCAGUUUGGGCGCGUCGUCUAUCACAUGACUGACCUCAGCACAUCGGAGGACAGCUUCCAGAUCUCUGUGUCGGCCUCAUCUCCUGGAGUGAACUAUGGGAACAUAACAGCACAGACAGUCCAAGUGACUGUGCGGCCUCUGGUCUACCUGCGCGAGCCUGUUAGAGUUCCCAGCGGCAUCGCUGUGAAACUGGGGAAGGCCAUGAUCGACGCCUCAGAGCUGGCGAGAAUCAGCAGGGCCGAUCCAGUCUUUGAGGUUCUCUCUCCUCCGAAACAUGGAAAACUCGUCAAGAUGACCUACGACCCUAAUCGAGAGUCACAGGUCCUGAAAUCUUUCACGUUCAGAGAUGUGGUGCAAGGCCGAGUCGCCAUUGAGGAAACUCUCAGCGACAGUGACAACCAACUCCCGAAUAACUCGCUCACCACCGCGCGGGGCCACGCCCCCGCCAGACCGCGCAACGAUUCCUUCGUCUUCUUGCUGAAGGCUGGAAACGUUCAGCCGGCGAAGGGCGAGCUCCACUUCACCAUCCUGCCCCACCACCAGAUGCGUCACGGCCCAGGCGGGCUCGGUAACGUGGACGGCGGCGGCCGCGAGCACACCACGACCCACCAGCCAACGCACAACAGGACGACGACCGGAGGAGGAAGAGGAGGCGGGAGAGGAGGAUCCACAACCCACGGCGGAGCUCCCACAGGUCUGCAUCCUCACAUUUUGUCGCACAAGAACAGGACGCACCACAGGCCCAAGUCUCACGGCCGCUGGGGGAACCAUUCGCGGAGCGGUUCCCAUGGGGGGAGACCGGGGAGCGGUGCGGAGGGAACAGGAGGAGGCCACGGUCAUGCCCCGCAGCCCAACGCUCCCGCUGUUCCGGAAAAACACGACCCGGGAAACCCUCCAGACACACACCUGGUUCACGUAGAGGUCCUCCCCCGCCCCGCCUCCGACCCUCUCCUCAUUAUCCUGCCCCUCUUGGCGUGUUUGCUUCUCAUUGUCAUCCUGGUGGUUUUGAUUUCGGUGUUCCGUCACCGCAAAGAGAAACAGGCUCGACUGCGGCUCAUCCAGGAGCUCGCGGCAGUGACGCUGCCCGCUGAGGAGAGCCCCUUCCUGGGGCCGUCGGAGAGGAGCGUGGCCAUGCCGUCCGUGGUGGUCACCCCACUCGGCUCCGCCAGCUGCCCAACCUCCCCCAGUAUCCCAAUCAGUCCCAGGAGGAGGAGUCUGGCUCCUGGGAUGACUUUCUGGGGGCCAGUUGAAGCUGAUGUGGGAGGGGCUGCUGGGAUUUCUACAAGUGGUAAAAAUGAAAGAGAUGAUGUUCCAGGGGAUAAUACCCAAGUCCAAACAGCAGGAUUCAAGAAUGCUGUGAGAUCUCGGUCACCUGCACCCACUCUAAAAGACAACCAGUACUGGGUUUAAAGGAAAUAGAAAGAAAAAUUGUGCCUUGGAGGUUCCGUUUGUAUAGAAAGAUUAUAAAUGGUAUAUGCCUGCUAUCUUUAGCAGCUCUAAUUCAGCCUGUUUUAGAUAUCAACCAGCAGAUUUCAUUAAAAUGAAUGGGACGUAGUCUGACUUCUACAAAGCCCACAUUUCAAUACAAAGCGAGGAUGCAAAAAUUCAAGAUGCAAGUGUUUUGCAUUGACAUGGCCAAAAAAGUGGCACCCGCCAAAAAUUGACAGAUUAAAAAAAAAAAAAAAAAAAUCAGUUUGCAUGUCAUUCUGUAUCCCAUCUAAAAAACUAU